AUGGAUUUAAGACCCAGCUCAGAAAAUGAACACUUUCUUCUCAGCUGCUUCGGCGGCCCCUACAAAGGAGCUUUAUAUUGUCUCACACUAAAAGCAGCAGUCAUCAUAAUAGCAGUCAUCGACAUUGUGCUAGGCGCUUUAUGCUUUCUUGAAUUAGCGUUUAUCCUCCUUAAGCAAUAUUACUCAGAAGUUGAUAUUGUCAUAGGGCUCCACGAUUUGCUAGACAUCGUAGCCUUAUUUUUUGCUUUAAAAGGAAUCAGCGGUAUUACAAAGGUUGACUCUUUGCUGCUUCACCCUUACAGUCAAUAUAAAACUGUGGAAUUGUGCUUUCUUAUCCCUCUAAGACUAGUAAAACACAUUGUUUUCUGUGAAGAAUUAGGUAUUUGUGGGUGGGGUUACUUUGUAUUUGGAAUAAUGAUAGCAAAUUUGGUAUCUUUUUUCUUUGCAAAAACUGUAUGGAGUGCCUAUAUAAGGUUGAGCAAUAAUGAGACUUUGAUGGUAAUGCAUGGAAAAGAAGUGGUAGAGAUGAUGCAGCAACAGCCCAGGGUGUUAGGAAUUCAGCCAGUUUAUGCUGUUCCUGGGCAAACAAUAAUUCAAACGCCUGUGGGUCAAGCUGUAAGACCUGUAGUUUAA